GCCUUGGUAAACUUCCAUACACCAGAAUCAUUCUGAUACACCUUAUAACCUAUAACACAGUAGUAUUAAUGAUAACUGCCUCAUACUAUUAUAAGGAUUAAAAGACAGCCUAGUCAUAGGGAGAUGCUAGUUAAAGAAGUGCUUGAUAUAUGCAAAGUGCUUCUUAAAAAAUGUAAUUCUCCUACCACCUCUCCCACCCUAUUGCAUUAAGGAAAUAAAAUCCUUUAGUUUUAUUCCCUUAAUUAUUAUUGUUGGCUCUGAGUAUGAUAUAAUUUAACCAGUUCUACAGAAAGCAACUUGGUUUUUCCUCGUGAGAUCUAGAGUAGUGACAGCCGGGUGUCGAUGUGGUAUGAACCUGCAAGUUUUAAGGGGGAUGGCUAAUUUUAAAGGGUUUCCUACAGAGCUCCUGUUGAAUAGAAGUGAAAGGCACACUGUGGAUUGCUACCCAAUCAGGUGAAUUUUUCCUUGCAGAAAAAUUAUGUGCAUGUGGGUGCACAUAACACAGACACACAGACAUACAGACACACAGACACACACACAAGUUCACACACUUACUUUAGUUGCUGAGAUGCAAACAUCUCCUAUUUUACCAUAGGAGUAAAAAAACACACAAAAUCUUCUGCUUACUCCUAAGUUAGAUUUUUUUUAAAAUCCAAUAAAAUUGGAAAUAGUGGUUAUGAGGCAACAAGUAUGGACAGAAUAUAUCUUUUAACAUUUUUACAUUUCUAAUUUCAAGUUUUGACUUAAAGCUCUUGACAUCGAAAGCUGCCUACAACAUCUCUAUAAUAAAUGCAGAGGAUGUUCUGUAGGAAAAAAUGAGGAAAUUAUUGAAUUUCUUAGUAAAGAAAACGAAAGUAGCCUAAAGCACAUGACAAUUGUUGAAAAAGAGUUCGAGGCGCCGCUGUCGCUGCAGCCACCGAAGCCGAGAUGCCUAAAGGAGGUAGAAAGGAAGGCCGCAAAAGCCGGGUGAGGCAGUAUACAAGCCCUGAGGAGAUCGAUGCACAGUUACAGGCUGAGAAGCAGGCCAACGCAGAAGAUGAACAAAAAGAAAGUGGAGAUGGCGCUUCGGGUGACCCCAAAAAGGAGAAGUCUAUAGACUCAGAUGAGAGUGAGGAUGAAGAUGAUGACUACCAGCAAAAGCAAAAAGGUGUAGAAGGGCUCAUUGACAUUGAGAACCCCAACCUGGUGGCGCAGACAACCAAAAAGGUCACACAACUGGAUCUGGAUGGGCCAAAGGAACUUUCAAGGAGAGAACAAGAAGAAAUCGAGAAGCAAAAAGCAAAAGAGCGCUACAUGAAGCUGCAUUUGGCUGGGAAGACAGAGCAGGCCAAGGCUGAUCUUUCCAGGCUGGCAAUCAUCCGGAAACAACAGGAGGAGGCAGCAAGAAAGAAAGAAGAGGGGAGGAAAGCAAAAGAUGACGCAACUUUGUCAGGAAAAUGAAUGCAGUCACUCUCCCUGAAUAAGUAAGCUGGCCUGUGGGAGGAGAUGCCUAAGAACUGGGCCCAUGCCUCCAGGACCUCUGCCGUGUCUCACCCACCCUGUGUCCUGGCGUCGCUGCUGCAGCCCCUCAUGGCCAGGAGCCCCUAUGGCCUGGGGCCUCCUCUUCAUCUUGGCACAGAAAUCGUUCAGGGGAUGUGGGGAGGCUGGGGGGAGGGGCAGCUGCUAUCUUUGAGACAGAAAGAUACAGGACAGCAUUUCAUACAUAACCGUUUGAAUGUUUUUGCUGAUUUUAGAAUUUGGAACCCUGGUUGGGGGCUGCCUGGGAAGUGGGGUAAAGAGAUUCCAUUUGUCCAGUAGAUUGCACGUUGGGGGUAGGGGGAUAGAGCCAGUAGGCAGCUGAUGUGGGAGUUGAUGACAACCAGCCCAGAUCGUUGUCUGGGUGCUAACUCAGAGGGGCUGUCAGGAAGCCUGUGCCCCUAAGGGUCCAAGGUUUGUGCCUGGCCAGUUCCGUCCAAUGAGGCCUCUCCUCUCUGACCUGCUCUGCCCCCUUCCCACCCACCUGAUCAGGGCUAGUGGCCAUUUUUAACCCUACCCAUUGAUCAUUUCAAGAAACCUCUGGUUACUGUGCAUCACCCAGACAAGACAUGCUCCUCAAAUUCAACUUGUAUAUUUGGCAAAUUAAACAACAUUAUCGUAAAAAAAAAAAAAAAAAAAAAAAAAAAAAAAAA